UUAUUUUCUGGAGUAUACGUUAAACGUUUUAAAUAUCUAUAAUGCCUCUUUCCAGGGUAGAGAAACUAUGAUCCAGGAAUUGCAGCCUGCAUCAGCGAGGCUGCAUCAAUUUUUCUUGUGGAGGUUUUUGAAACCUGCUCUAAUUAAUUUAGAUUUAGUUAGGCAGAUGGAUUUCUCCUGCCAAUCUAAACAAGUUCCACUAAAUGAAGUGGAACUUGGAACUGAGUGUGAACUACACUUGGAAGAGGCAUUGCAGAACGGUAUAAUAGAAACUGAAAUUAUUAACUUCCGCGAAAAUUGCUUACGAUUCUACGUUACCGUAAGUAAUGAAAUACGCAAUCGUCUUCCCCGCGACAAUGUAUUUUUACGGGAUUUAACUACUUUCACAUAUGCCAACGUUUUCAGGAGUAGCGAUAAAAACAAAACUUUAUUCAAUGAAGUCGCGAUCGCGCGUAGAUUAGGUCACUUCGAUAUUGAAGCUUUAGAAAGGGAAUGGGAUUCGUUCCGCACCUAUUGUUAUACUCAGAACAAUCAUAGUUAG